CUUAGAAGAUUUUCCCUCAAUUCGGUUUUCUCAUUUGUAUGUUUCCGUUUCCUUCUUUCACUUGGAAUUGUGAUCAGGCACAUUCUUUAGUUGGUGUUUUUUUCUUAUUUUGAUUAAUUUAAUUGUGUGUAAUUACAAUGCCUGGAUUCAAAGAAAAGCCUCUUCUUAUUGAUGGUAAGGGUCACCUAUUGGGUAGACUUGCCGCUGUUGUAGCUAAAUCACUUUUACAAGGUCAAAAAGUCACUGUUGUUAGAUGUGAAGCUAUUAACAUUUCCGGUUCAUUUUACCGAAAUAAAUUAAAAUAUUUAUCUUUCCUCCGUAAAAGGUGUAAUGUCAACCCAAAACGUGGACCUUUCCAUUUCCGGGCCCCUAGUAAAAUCUUCUGGAUGGCGACUGUCCGAGGUAUGCUACCUCAUAAAACUAAGCGAGGUUAUAAUGCUUUAUUAAAGCUUAAAGCACAUGAAGGUUGCCCUCCACCUUUUGACAAACAGAAAAAAAUGGUUGUUCCAUCAGCGUUGAGAGUUUUAAGGCUAGCUUCAGGUCGAAAGUUCUGUGCCCUCGGUAGAUUAUCACAUGAAGUUGGAUGGAAAUAUCAAGGACUCGUUGAGACUCUUGAAGCCCGACGAAAAGCACGUUCUUUAGUCAGAUACAAGAAAGUUAAGGCUGAAGCCAAAAUACGUACACAGGCUAAAGAAAUGUUAGCCGCUAAGUUGAAACCUCUAAACGAUAUUGUAGCUUCUUAUGGUUAUGCUGUAUAAGAAUUUUGUCAAAUUUGUGGAAAUUAAACUUUUUUUCACACGAAAA